GUUGGCUUUAGAUUAUAUAGUUUAUAUAGCAUGUUAAAUAAAUCCUAGUCUUGAGGUGUGACUAUGAAGAUCAGGGUUUAACCAUAUGACCAGGACUUGGUCAGGAGCCCUAUCCUCCUCCACACCCAUGUUUUCACGCUGGCUGAUUAGGAAGAUGUUUCCCUUCAAAGUGAGCAAAUGGAUGGGACUUGAUUGCCUCCAUUCAAUGGUGGCCUCACCCAGUAUUCGCCAGAAGAAACUAAUCCACAAGCUGCAAGAGGAAAAGACUUUUAGGAAAGAGAUGAAGAUUUUCCAUGAGAAAAUAGAAAACAGGGAAGACAUAUGCAAUUUCAGACGCAAGAUCCAUGUUUUCCGGGGCAAGAUGCUGAAUUUUUGGGAAAAGGAGAGACCUUUCUGGGAAGAGGAGAAAAUUUUCUGGAAAGAGGAAAAAACUUUCUGGGAAAUGGAAAAAUCUUUCCGGGAAGAAGAAGAAAUAUUUUGGAAAAAAUACCUUGCCUUCUGGAAGCACGAUAAGGCCUUCUGGAAAGAGGAUAAUGCUUUAUGGGAAAGAGACCAAAAACUUCUUCAGGAGGACACAGCCCUGUGGGAGGAAGAAAAGGCCUUGUGGGUGGAGGAAAGAGAGCUCCUUAAGGAAGAGAAGGCCCUAUGGGAGGAUGAAGAGUCCCUCUGGGAGGAAGAGGAAGCCCUCUGGGAGGAAGAGAAAGCCCUCUGGGAGGAAGAGAAAGCAUUCUGGGUGGGAGGUGACCAUGUUGCUGUGGAGUUUAUGCCUAAAGACAGGCCAAGAACACUAGCAUUUUCCCAGCAUAGUGAACCUGGGCCACGCAGAGCCAUGGCAUCCAGACUCUCCUGGAUUGGAACCCAUGUCCGUGGUGAUCCCCUGUGCUAGAGAAAACAUUCACUUAUUUGUCUCCUUGUUUUGAAAGA